UUCCCCCGUAUGGCGGAAGGGCAGGUGCAGCGGCAUCAUCACAACAACCGUUAUCACCGCGGAGGGAGAGGCGACCGAGGCUGCACACAGGCCUGCACAUACGUUGUCUGAUAGAGGAACACAACCUUUAUAUCCUUUUGUUGUCGGAGAGUCUGGAGGCCCGUCGACAUGACUCUGAACCAGAACAACUCUGAGUCCGGCGGAGUCAUCAUCAACAACAGUGAAAGCCUGUUGAUGAACUAUGAUAACGUGGAGCUGGCUUUCUGUGAUGCAGACAGUCUCCCUGAAGCCUUCAGAAAGAGCAAGAAGGGCAGCGUCUACCUAACUCCGUACAGGGUGAUCUUCGUGGCUAAAGGACGGGAUGCCCUGCAGUCCUUCAUGAUGCCCUUCUACCUAAUGAAGGGCUGUGAGAUCAAACAACCUGUAUUGGGAGCCAAUUAUAUCAAGGGCACUGUCACCGCCGAGCCUGGAGGUGGCUGGGAGGGCACUGCUACGUUCAAGUUUGUCUUUGCUGCUGGCGGAGCGAUAGAGUUUGGCCAGUACAUGCUGCAGGUGGCAGCUCAAGCUUCAAGAGGUCAGCCGGUGACUUCUGGCUUUGGUGGAUGCCCCUACAUGGCCAACGGGGCCUACGCUUACCCUCCUCCCCCUGCUAACGGCAUGUACCCUGCCGGACCUCCACCCGGCUACUCCUACCCCAACCCUCCUCCACAAGGUGGCUUCUACCCCAGCCCUCCAGCGUUUGAUGCCUCUGCGGCUUACAUACCUCCGCCUCCUUAUUCUGCUCCUCUGGGCCAGCAGCCCCCACAUGACCCAGACCUCCCCUCCUCAGCAGCAGCGGAGGCCAAAGCAGCUGAGGCAGCAGCGAGCGCCAGCUGUGCCACACUGCCUCAUACACACGUGUACCUGCCGCAGGACAAGCCUCCUCCCUACUCCCCCCCAGAGGACAAGAAGAACCAGUAGACGGGCUUGUUCUCACCCUCAUUCCUCUCUGUCUCUCUGUAACCUCCAUCCAUACUGGAUCACCCUGUUUCUUAUUCCAUUAACUGGACAUCGGGAAGGCCAAAGUUUUCCUUUGUAACAUGAAUUCUCUCUUUCUCACCUUCCCAGUCCCCUUCCAGCUCAGUCCUUUUGGUUUCCCUUUUUUCUUCUCACAUCGCUUUCCCACCUCAACCUAUACCUUUUACAUCCCUUUUAAUGAUUCAUAUAUUGUAAUCAGCUUCGUUCUCUUCAGAAGCACCUUUACUUGAUGGAAACUAGAAGUAUUGGUAGCAACAAGAAGAUUGUUCCGACAGAAGUUGGUGGCUUUUUUCAAUGUAGUUGACAGAACCUUUAUAACCUGACCAGCUAUCUUAGCGUUCAUUGCCUUGCAGGUGUCCCAAACUUUAGAUUCAGCUAUGCUGUGAAGCUCACGUAUAAUUUUCCAUGACUGUCUAUCAAACUAGACUGAAUCGGAUGAUGUUAAUUACUUUGCUAAUCUAUUCAGAGGCAAGCUGAAUGCAGUGUUUUAUUUUUCUAUUAUUUGUGUGUACAGGCUUGUAAUAUGUAUACUUUAAAAAAAAAUGCAAUAUUUUCUCAAGAACACUAACCUAGAGGAGAAACUAGCUUUUGUAAAGAGAGCAGAUUGUGGGGUGGCCCGGUCUGCUUCGACAUGUUUUAGCGGAUGACAGGGACCGCGAAGAUUAGAGCAUCGCCAAGCCCCAGCGGUGAAUCCCUGAUCCUGGAUUAGAGCAGAGAGCGAGGGCGACCAGGGCCCGGAGGGACGUACUGCCAGGAGGGAUUAUCUUUGUAAUGUACAAGAGCAGAGCAGUCACCCAGUGAUGUCACUUCCUGUUUUGUCAUGCCUUCGAACAUUCGAGAACACACACGGUCAGACUCACCGCCAGCCUGCUUCACCGUUCAUUCUUCUAACGUACAUUUUAGACAGCAUAGAAACAAACAGGACCAUUAGAGGGGUUUCUCACUGUUUCUACUUUGUGUGGUUGUGAUCUUAACUCUCCAGUUUGAGGUCAGUGUUGAUAUCUGAUCUGAGCACCUCAGUAUCUGAGCCUCUACUCUUCCUUCCUCUAUGGUAACUAAUCUAUAUACUGUAUCUGUGACACAUCCGUGGCUGAUUAUUUGCACUUACAGAAUGCUAUGCAUCAGGCUCCUCUUUGCUCUGUCAUGGCUGUGUGUAAAAAUAAUAAUAAUAAAGCUCUGUAUUUAUUUCAAACUAAUUUAUUGAAUAAUUCAUGUAAAAUGGCUCAAGUAAGAAAAACAAAGCAUGGUCUCAGCUAAUGCAUGUAUGCAUUGGAUUGGAUUUUAUUAAAUGGAUCUUGACUCAUGUGAAA